AGUCUCGGAAAUUUGUCUACUUCCUCUCGCCCUGGCCUCCCUUGCAGCGAUAUCGUCCACAGGCUAGGCACGAAACUUCAGCAACGCGAUCAAUCGAUAGAUUUCCGUGCAAUACAUAAGCAGGCGACUACUUUCCGCAGCUUAGCCGCCCUCUCGAGCUCGUGCAAACCUACCCCAGAGGAGUUAAUUAUAGAUAGUUAACUCGUGCUGCUUGCUAGCUGAUCAUCAGUUGAUGCCGGCGAUGGGGUUGUGGGAGAGCGUGAGGAGCUUGUUCGGGGAGGGAGGCAACGGCUGCCUACCUCGGAUUGGGAAGAAAGAGUCCGAGGAUCUUUACUCUUAUCCAGUGGAUCAUGAUAAACGGAAAGGAGCGGACCGUGCGGCCGCGGAGGAGGUGGUGACAGUGGAGGUGCCGGAGGUGCCCGUGCGCGAGCUGAACGAGAUCACCAACUCCUUCUCGAACGAGAACCUCAUCGGGCAGGGCUCCUACGCGAAGGUGUACAGGGUCCUCAUGCGCGGCGCGAGGCCCGCCGUCGUCAAGAAGCUCGAGAAGCCGUCCAAGCACGCGUCCAACGUCGUCUUCCUCAAGCAGCUGUCGGUGGCGUCGCGGCUGAAGCACGAGAACUUCGUCAGGCUGUUGGGGUACACGAUCAGCGGCGACCUCCGCGUGCUGGUCUACGAGUACGCCGCCAUGGGCACCCUCCACGACGUCCUGCACGGGCCGAGGGACGGACAGGGGUGGGGCGGGGAGGCGAAGGCGGUGGUGAGCUGGGAGCAGCGGGUGCGGAUCGCGCUGGACGCGGCGCGCGGGCUGGAGUACCUGCACGAGAAGGUGCAGCCGGCGGUGACGCACAAGGACGUGCGUUCCACCAACGUGCUGCUGUUCGAGGGGUUCAGGGCCAAGAUCGCCGACUACAACAUGUUCAGCCAGGCCGCCGACAUGGCUCGCCUCAACCGCUCCACUCACACCCUCGGCUCCUUCGGAUACCAGGCGCCGGAGUAUGCCAUGACUGGUCAGAUGAACGAUAAGAGCGACGUUUACAGUUUUGGGAUUGUUCUGCUGGAGCUCUUGACGGGGAGGAAGCCGCUGGACCGGACGUUGCCGCAGGGUCAGAGAAGCCUGGUUAACUGGGCAACUCCAAUUUUGACUGAAGACAGGGUCCAGGACUGCAUCGACCCCAAUCUUGGCGACAAGUAUCCUCCUACCGGAGCUCUCAAGCUGGGGAGAAUCGCGGUGCAGUGCCUGCAGUACGACCCUACGUUCCGGCCAUCGAUGGGCACCGUUGCCCGCGUCAUCAACUACGCCGUCGUGCGAGACCAGCAAGGCGUGGUCUGAUGAUCCACGAGGAUUUUUUUUUUUUUUGCACUUGUUCAUUUUGAUUUGUUCGUGUGAAUCAACCGUGUAUAUGCCUUGCGUUGUGCAGGCUAGUUAGACAUGCAAGAGAUACAAUUCUUGCAGUAAUAGUUGAAGAGAGACUAUAUCCAAAAAGCCUCUGGUUGAUAUAAACUGGUACCGGUAAAACUUUCCCAAAGCUUAGGAGUCCAUAGGGGGAAAAAAACAGAACAGAAGGCCUUAUUAAGGCCAUGUGUGCAAGCUAGUUAGACGUGCAAGAGUAUGCUAGUAGUACAGUAAAUCGCUCAAUUUUGGAUGGA